GAGCUGUACGGUCCCACCGGAUCGAUGCUCUUCUAAGUUUUCGUAUGCCAAUACUUCUCCCUCCUAGCUCCGUCCCUCUGGGAUGGCCGCUUUCGUUCCGUCUAGGCUGAUCCGGCGGCUCCCCCGACCGAUUCGUUUCCUCCAUAGGUGCCUUCCCUCCGUCUCUUUGCCUCAUGAUUCGUCCAAUAGCUCCAAAUGCGUCUCGGAGAGACGACCUCCACCUCCGGGCGACAAGCGGAUCGACUUCUCGACAUUUAGGGCAAACUGUAGGGUUUUCUGCAGCAGACCUGCUAAUUCAGGGAAUUUGCAGGCGCCGGCAGCGAUCGACUACAGUUCUUUAUUGCAGGAGGAUGAAUUUCAUAAGUUAGCCGAUGCGACAAUCCAUGCACUGCAGGAGAAGUUGGAGGAAUAUGGUGAUGGCUGUCAGAUAGAUGGUUUUGAUGUAGAUUAUGGGAAUGAAGUUUUGACCUUAAAGCUUGGGAGUCUUGGUACCUAUGUGAUAAACAAGCAAACUCCAAAUAGGCAAAUAUGGUUAUCCUCUCCAGUAAGUGGGCCAUCAAGGUUUGACUGGGAUCAAGGAAGUCAUGCAUGGAUUUACAGGCGAACGAAGGCAAACCUGUUGUCUCUUCUGGAAAACGAGCUGGCUGAGCUCUGUGGUGAACCCCUUAGUCUUUCAUAGAAACAUUGAGACAUGACUCAGCCAGUUGGUGCUUUGGAUUCGUGUUACAUGAUGUUCAUUGGCGUAAGAGGUAAUCAUGUGGAUGCAGUACCAAACCGUUACUCCUCAGGUCGUGGGACACGUCACCAUAGCCCACUUUAGGAACGGAUGGCUUUUUGGAAUUGGAGGGAAAGAAAAAAGCCAUUUUCAAGUCGUGGCACCCACUUGGACGGUCUUCCUUUGGUGUUUGCCAUCCAUCCACUUCUCAAAUGGCUGCUGGGUACCCAACUCCAAGGCUAUCUCUACUUUGUUCUUCUUCCCGGCAGGCAAUUUUGUAUUCUUUUUUUACCACUUUGUUUCCUUUUUGUUUUUCUCUCUAGUUGUUUGGUUGUGGUGUGGUUAAUUUAAAAGCCGUCGGGGACAGAAGCAGGUUUUAAAAAUCUUGUAAUUUUCACUAAAAUGUUUCUGGGCAAAAAGAAAUGUAAAGGACCUUCUCAAAUCUUAUUAUCAUCUUAUAUUUCUCAUAUAUUUAUCAUAUAUUUAUACUUUAA